UCCUCUACUAUCUCGAUACGCCCAUUCCUUCUUCCGACGGCUGCUUCAUCGGCUUCUGGUAAUCCAGCAAAUCCCUCUCGAGUAGAGUGUUCCUUUUGCAUGAGGAUCACUUGGCUCCUGUUGAUACUGAGCUGGAUUAACCCGUUUCAGAAUCCGACACCAACAUCCUGACGGCCGAUCGAUCAUUGGAAGAAGAGCCAGGGUGGCUUUCGUCUACACCGUGGAACACCAAUGUCGUCCAUGAACUACGACGGCCCGCGCCAUUUCUCGCGUCCAGCCUCCGCUCGUACCUUCCCGGAGACCUAUUACAAUGAGCGCCGUGUGUCUUAUGACUACCCUCGAGCGGAUCCAUAUGCCUACCCCAUGGGAGGCCCCGUCAGUGGGCUGCGAAAUCGAGCUCAUGCUGAGCGAGAUGAGUUCCAACCAGAGCAGCCAGGCGCCAGACGGCGUAUCGCAGUAGCUUGUGCGCGUUGUCGAAAGAGGAAAAUCCGCUGCUCUGGAGAUAAAGGUGAUGGUCAAGGCUGUCAAAAUUGCAAGGUAGCAGGCGUUGAAGCCAGCUACUGUCAGUUCCAUCGUGUCGGAUCGGAUCACGUCCAUAAGGUCAUGGACAAUUUCAACAUGGUGCAGAGCCUCGCCAGUAUGGCAUCAGCUCACGAUAUGAUGCCUAAUUAUUCUGCUGGUGGGAACGGCCCAUAUCACCGCAGCGUGUACAGCCAGUCGUAUCCUCAGCUGGAAAACAAGUUCGCAUACAGUCACCUCGAUGCCAAACCAGCCUACGCUCCGGAAUGGUCUACAUCUUAUGGGGAUGACACAUCGCCCAUCGAUGACUGCUCUUUCGACCAGUCCUCGGCGUAUUUACCAACGCCAACUACGCCAGCAGGCUCGAACAUGUACGGAUCAUCGUAUCGCUGGACGAACCAGACUGCGCGACAACACCAACCCACGACCAGUUACUACUCGGACUACGGCCAUUCCUACAUCACCAAUGGCUUGCCAUACUUGCAAACCGACGUACGACCAGUUGUUGCGCCAGAGCCGGUCUCACCCCUGAACAUGUCUUCCUUGCAGCUAACGCUCCCGGAGAGGCAUCGCCAACGACAGACCCAGCCAACAGAAGUAGCAAUCACGCCGACGCGUAGACGACUUCCCAAGCCACAGCCAAAUCCAGGUCACGGACUAUGUCAUGCUCUCGAUCAACAACAAGGCCAACGCCUGCGCUCAUCUCAGGCGAUUGCCACACCAUCUUUCAGCAAUGCGACUCCCUCCUAUACUAGCAGCUCCUUUGCUAAACCACUCCUGACUUGGGCAGCUGCCAACGAUAACCUGAUGAAUGCAGUCAACGAAACGACUACGACAGCUAUGCCACCACCGAUAACCCCUCUGGCACCGAUGAGCGCAAGCGAUGUCUCGCCAGACUUCUCUGCGACCGGGAUAUCGGCAGCAGAUAUCCCCAACUCGAAGAACACUGGAACAACAGCUGAGCUCAACUUCAGCACCUUGCCAUUUCUUGAUUCGUCGGCCAUGACCGCACCAACCCCGCCGGCAUACUCGAACUUUAGGGAAUCCCGCGAUCUUUCUGCAUCAUUGACUGAGCUUCCACGAAACGGCUCUUCAUCAAGCCUGUACCCCUUUAAUAGCUCCUCCAGACGGCCAUCCUACCCUGGCGAUAGCUCUUCUGGUAAUCUUGUCAGUGGGCGCCAAUAUACGCCUCUUAGCCAACCAACCGAUGCACCAAACAUGGAGAACCUUACAAGGGAGUCAUUCGAGUCGCGAAAUAUUCCGUUGCGUCAUGCCUCGACCUCCAAUCUCAACAGUAGCUUUUAAGCAAACUUCUGGUCACGCUCCAUUCUGUUACAUGACGGCUACUCGAAGCUCCCUCACCCUACACUGCUUC